UUCCUUGGAUACUUGUCUAUCUGGACCUCGGUACAAGCAAUCAUACAGGAUAGGCCAAAUAGGGAUUAGUGUCUAUUAAUGCUCAAUAAAAGAAUCUGGGUGCUUAACAUUGACAUAGCAAUCCCAUGCAUUAUGACCAUAGAGUUGCAGCACAGCAGUGUUUUUAUGUACUGUAAAUUCUCUCAUAUAGACCUUCCCUCAAGCCCUCGCCUUGAAAUCCUCAACUGUGUACCUAAAGAUAUAGACUUCAUUUGAGAGGAUGCUUUUAAGAAGCCUUUCGUUUUAUUAGUGUGGAGAAACACAUUUAUUCAGUGUGCUGUCACACAUGGUCUUGCCAUCCGAGGUGCAAGUCAGCCAGCGCACAGAGAGAGAGCUUAGAAUGGCAUAAAAAGACAAGGCAAAAAACACACAAAGGGCUAUUGAAGCACAGCACCUUUUCUAGAAAGGGCGGAGGAGAGGGGGUGGACCACGGCACUCAGAAAAGAGCUACUGCAGCAAAGGCCACUGUUUAACGUGUUGAUAGGCAAUUAAACCAAAGUCAAGGUUCACCGUUUUUCUGCUCAGCUAAUACACAGCAGCAGUGCUGAGGACAAGACAGAGAUAACGUGUUUGAGCUGACGGACAAUGCUUCGUUCCCCACUGAGAGUGAGAGUUAUUAAUGGUGCUACUAGAUUUACAAGAGAACACGUAGCAAUAAAUAAACACCACCAUAACGAUAAAUAUAAAUCUGCAGUGCAUGCCGAUAAAUGCAGUUCAACUAAAGAGUUUCUUUCAAGGGUGUAGAUGCACUUAAGAACUCUCAUACCUAUAAAUCAUAUUUGACUUCUGAAUUCAAAGACGCAUAAGAAAUCAUCACUCCAUUCAAACCGUAACUGGUUGGAGAUAGUUGAAAUAGCAAAACAAUAAAAUGAUCACACACAGACAACAAUCUUAAUUAAAAGGAAAUCUUUUCAAAUGUCUAGUUCUCUGUCUGUGACCAUGUGAACAUCCACUGCAGAAGAAACCCACUGGAGCUUCCAUAACAGCGUGAUUAGCUUCCCAAGCUGAGCACCUGGGGUCGUUACCUUGGGCCAAAGGAAGAACGGCAGGGCCGGGGAGUUUAUGACGCCGGGGUCUGCGAGUCUCCAGGGGCGCGAGCAGUGAUGGAGGACGUGUCUGAGGUGCGCAGCGACGGCAGCUCCCUGCUGAAGGCCGUCUACCUGAGCCGCCUGCGCCUGACCCGCCUGCUGCUGGAGGGCGGGGCCUACGUCAACGAGAGCAACGAGCGCGGCGAGACGCCGCUGAUGGUGGCCUGCAAGACCAGGCACGCCGACCAGCAGAGCGUGCCCAAGGCCAAGCUGGUCAAGUACCUGCUGGAGAGCGGCGCCGACCCCAACAUCCAGGACAAGAGCGGCAGGACGGCGCUCAUGCACGCCUGCCUGGAGCGGGCGGGGCCCGAGGUGGUGGCGCUGCUGCUGGGGAGCGGGGCCGACCCCAGCCUGGAGGACCACCGCGGCUCCUCCGCCCUCAUCCACGCCGUCAACACCGGCGACAAGGAGACGCUGCGGGUGCUGCUGGACGCCUGCAAGGCCAGGGGCAAGGAGGUGAUCAUCAUCACCACCGACAAGCUGCCCUCCGGCCAGCAGAUGACCAAGCAGUACCUCAACGUGCCCCCGUCCCCGCACCUCGUCGACUGGACGCAGGCAGCCUCCGGGAUGCCCUGCACGUCGCCGUCCGAAAUCGAGCUGCACACCUUGCCCCAGGCCGCCCGCGGGCACCUCUUCACCUUCGGGGACUGCCAGGGCUCCGGGGCGGGCGUGGCGGCGGCCUCCCAGCCCGGCUCUCCCACCCACAGGCCGGGCCCCGCCCACGGCGGCCUGCCCAGGCUGCUCCACCUGCAGCGGCUCAACUCGGAGCCCUGGCUGAAGAUCCCGCCGUGCCUGCUGGCGCAGCAGACCAAGGCCUCCUCCCUGGCCGAGGACCUGCCGGACAUCACCCCCGAGGAGGAGCUCUCCUUCAGGCUGAACGGGCUGAGCGUGCCCAGGGCCCCGGCCGCGCGCCACCAGGGAGCCGACCCCCGGGACGCCCCCUGCUGGGGCCAGGGGACGGAGCAGAUGCCCUGCGCUGACGGGACGUCUGUGUGGGGAGCGGGGCUCAGCCGGAAGACGCCCCAUGACGACGUCUCCCCGAUUCGCUUCUCCGCCUCGCACCCGGACCUCCGCCGCCAGUGCGCCGCGGCGGCGGCCGCCAGCUCGGCCGGCCGCGACGCGGACUGCUACCCCAACCUGGCGGUGUCCAGCCUGCGGAACAUCCUGCAGCGCCGCACGGUGGGCGCGGAGCACUACAGCUCCGACUCGCAGCUGUGCCGGCGCAGCGCCCUCCCCGCCGACGACGGCAGGGGCCUGCUGGAGAAGAGGAGGCUGGUCUCCUCCCGCUCCUCCACGCUGCUGGGCUCCCGCGAGGGCGCCGAGGGCCCGGCGCAGGCCGGCAGGAGGCACCCCGCCGUCCUGGAGCGCAGGGGCUCGGGGGCCGCGCCCCCCGACCACACCCCCCACGCCAGGCCCGGCCACCUGCCGCCGCUCAACCCGCACGCGCCCAUCCCCCACAUCGGGGUCACCCCCAGCGGCGGCGGCGGCGGCGGCGGCGCGGGCUGGGCAGGGGGCGCGGGCGGCGGCGGAGAUGUGCUCAGGCCCCUGAUCCCCACGGCUCCCAGCUUCCCCAAAGACCACAAGGCCAAGAAGACGCUCCUCAGGCGACACUCCAUGCAGCCGGAACAGAUCAAGCAGCUGGUCACCAUGGAGGAGGUCUUCAGCCACUGAGCCUCGCGCGGACGCGCCGCGUUGGAAACGACCGCUGUGCUCUUAACCUCGCCUGCACACGCGUGCACCGCGUUCCACGUGCGCUCACAUCCUAUACUCCAUCCAGCUUCAGCAACAUAAGCUAUUUUUGAGUCUGUAUUGUUGUUACACGUAACUAUUAUUGCUCGCGAUUACUUACAAUCAGAGAAAUUACAGAAAAGUUCAUUUAACGAGACUGUACAGCAGGGAUGCUCAAGAUACUCAGAUUUGGCCCAAUGUUUGGUACAAGAUGAUAGGUUGUACAUAAUAUAUUAUAUUAUACAUUAUAUAGCACAUGCUGAUUGUUCCUCUGAUUAUAAGCAAAGUGAUAAUGUUGGCAGUACCUAAUCAGAGGAAGUCAGGUAUGGCAGUGUGGCAUGGUUGUGCCAAGACACUGAGCUACGUAAUCUAAAGGGUAUGAGCCUGAAUCACUGUUCUGGCACAAGUGUGCAAUGAUUUUUUUAAUGUUUAAAAAUAGCUAUUGUUCUCAAGAACCCUCUGACCAGGUGUAAUGACUGGCAUCCUGCAGGCACACAUUUAGUCACAGGACAAAUGAAAGAGGCUAACGCGUACAAAAAUGUCUCCGGGAACGGCUUUGAGAAAAUAUCGAAUUUUAAAAGGGCACAUUAUGUCCAGGCUGAAAUAACGCAUUGCUGCAGUUAAAAAAAAAAGCUACUCCCUCUGUCUCUCAUUCACAGAACUUUAAGUACUGUAUUUACAUUAAGCUUCAGAAAGUUACAUGAAUAAACUAUUCCACCUGAUAACCUGCAUUAAUUUCUGGGGAAGGGCCACCAAUGCAAGAGUAAUUGUCAUUUUGGGUAUGUUUAACAAUGUCACCUGUACUACAGUUAUCUUUCCAUUCGCGUAAUCCGUCUUUCUUCUCAAUGGCUACGGCAAGGAAUCGUGUCCCCCCCACCCGAGGCCUUCUGCUUCCUGCGUCCUGAUUGGUCUGCCGAGGUGAUUUCGGUCACUACACCCGAAGCUUCGCUCACCAUCACCGCUUCCACCUAUCGAAUGGUGUAUGUGUUAUUCUACAGUAAUCAUCACAGGUUUAUCUAUUCACGUCUAACGUUUGUAGUUUGUGUGAAUCUGUGGACCAUUUUGUGCAAAUAUGUCACGUUUGAGAGGACAGGAUGGGGGGGGUCACACUACAGAGUAUGCUGCAUCUGUGAAGAAACCCUGUAAAAAAGUUAUGAGAAUAUAAAAACAGAUUCUUAAGGCUCCUCCCUUAACAGAUGAUAUAUAGUGACAUCUGAAAUAAAAUAAAGGCAUUGCCCAAUCA